AUCCAGCUUUCUGCCCGGAACCUGAAGGCACCAGAUGAGAUCAACGGCAACAGAGGAAGUCUCCAGCAGCAGCGUGGAUAUGUCGGACCCGGCAGCGCAGGCCUCACAACCCCGGCUUCCACAGACCCAGUCCGCUGGGUCAGCUGGGUCCGGUAAUGCUGCAACAGGCUCCGGGUCGGGCAAUAGCGACCCGGCUAGGCCAGGACUCAGCCAGCAACAGCGCGCUAGCCAGAAGAAAGCCCAAGUUCGAGCUUUCCCACGGGCGAAAAAGCUGGAGAAACUUGGCGUGUUCUCCGCAUGCAAGGCCAAUGACACAUGCAAAUGCAACGGAUGGAAGAACCCAAACCCACCGUCAGCCACCCGUCUGGAUCUGCAGCAGCAAGCAGCCAGCCUGAGCGAGCCCUGCCGCAGCUGUGGACAUGCUCUGGCGGAGCACGUGUCUCAUCUGGAGAAUGUGUCUGAGGAGGAGAUCAACAGGCUGCUGGGCAUGGUGGUUGACGUGGAGAACCUGUUCAUGUCUGUGCACAAAGAGGAGGACACUGAUACCAAACAAGUGUACUUUUACCUCUUCAAGCUGCUGAGGAAAUGCAUCCUUCAGAUGAGCCAGCCUGUUGUGGAGGGAUCUCUGGGAACCCCUCCUUUUGAAAGGCCCAACAUUGAGCAGGGAGUUCUGAAUUUUGUUCAGUACAAGUUUAGCCACCUAGCCCCAAAGGAAAGGCAGACCAUGUUUGAGCUGUCGAAGAUGUUCCUUUUGUGUCUGAACUACUGGAAGCUCGAGACGCCGACGCAAUACCGCCAGCGCACCCAAAAGGAAGACGGGGCGCCAUAUAAAGUGGACUACACCAGGUGGUUGUGCUACUGCCACGUCCCGCAGAGCAACGACAGCCUGCCGCGCUACGAAACCACGCAGGUGUUUGGGCGAAACUUACUCAAGUCCAUCUUCACGGUGACCCGGCGCCAGCUCCUGGAGAAGUUCCGAGUGGAGAAAGAUAAACUGCUGCCAGAGAAACGCACACUUAUCCUCACACAUUUCCCCAAGUUCCUGUCAAUGCUGGAGGAGGAAAUCUAUGGAGAGAACUCCCCCAUUUGGGAGGCCGACUUCACGAUGCCGGCCUCAGACGGCACACAGUUGGGCCAUCAGACAGUGAUCAGUCCGGCUGCAGUGUCCGGUUCUCCUGCUCUGUCCAAGUCUCUGAGCGGCGGCUCAUCCACCGUGGACUCUGGAGGGGUGGAGCCCAUCCCAGGCGAGAAGCGGAAACUACCGGAGGCGCUAACACUGGAGGAUGCCAAGCGGAUCCGUGUGAUGGGAGACAUUCCUAUGGAGCUGGUCAACGAAGUCAUGAUGACAAUCACAGAUCCUGCCGCCAUGCUGGGUCCAGAGACGAAUCUCCUCACACCGAAUGCCGCCCGAGACGAGACUGCCAGGCUGGAAGAGAGGCGCGGCAUUAUUGAGUUCCACGUCAUCGGAAACUCCCUUUCCCAGAAGUCCAACAAGAAGAUCUUGAUGUGGCUGGUGGGCCUUCAGAACGUCUUCUCUCAUCAGUUGCCCCGCAUGCCAAAGGAAUACAUCACACGGCUGGUGUUUGACCCGAAGCACAAAACCCUCGCCCUGAUCAAAGAUGGCCGUGUAAUUGGAGGCAUCUGUUUUAGGAUGUUUCCCACUCAGGGCUUCACAGAGAUUGUCUUCUGUGCCGUCACAUCCAACGAGCAAGUAAAGGGCUACGGCACGCACCUGAUGAAUCACCUGAAGGAGUACCACAUCAAACACAACAUCCUUUACUUCCUGACUUACGCUGACGAGUACGCCAUCGGCUACUUCAAGAAGCAGGGGUUUUCCAAAGACAUCAAAGUGGCCAAGAGUCGAUACCUGGGAUACAUCAAAGACUACGAGGGAGCGACGCUGAUGGAGUGCGAGCUGAACCCCAGAAUUCCUUACACGGAGCUUUCUCACAUCAUUAAGAGACAGAAGGAGAUUAUUAAAAAGUUAAUUGAGAGGAAACAGAGUCAGAUCAGGAAGGUUUACCCAGGUCUCACGUGCUUCAAAGAGGGCGUGCGGCAGAUCCCAGUGGAGAGCAUUCCAGGCAUCCGGGAGACAGGCUGGAAGCCCAGCAGCAAAGACAAAAGUAAAGAGGUGAAAGACCCCGAUGUUCUAUAUAACACACUGAAAAACCUCCUGGCCCAGAUAAAGACCCAUCCAGACGCCUGGCCCUUUAUGGAACCAGUGAAGAAGUCCGAAGCUCCGGAUUACUACGAGAUCAUCCGCUUUCCUAUUGAUCUGAAAACCAUGACCGACAGGUUAAAAAACAGAUACUAUGUGACCAAGAAGCUUUUCAUCGCUGACCUGCAGCGAAUCAUCAGCAACUGUCGCGAGUACAACCCUCCAGACAGCGAGUACUGCAAGUGUGCCAACACCCUGGAGAAGUUCUUCUACUUCAAAUUAAAAGAUGGAGGCCUCAUUGACAAAUGAAGAUCCUGUUUGCUAGUCGUCAAAUCUCAUACCUGAGUUAAUAAUGGCGCGAGUGCAAAAUAAUCUCGUGAAGAAACGGCUGAGAGCCAGUUAAGACAUCACAAGUGUCAUCUGUCAUUUUUAUUUAGUUCUCAAUGGGAGAAACCUGAAUAUAAUUCACGUCACAUUAAGUGUACCAAAGUUUCAGGUCCGAGUUAAAGAACUGCUCCACCUUUCACCGAUGUUUCUGCUUUUAAUUUGAAACAUAAGCGGGUUGUUCUGGUUUCGUCUGCGUCUGUAUUUGUUCAGGAUUUCAGAGAAAAACCUUCGGACCUAAAACCAUGUUGCCUUCUGUUACUGACAGACACUUGAACGUCGUGGACAGUCUCCAGGAUGUGAAAAACCUUAAUCAGUCAUUUCAUUCAAAUAACUUCCUGACUUUUUUUUUUUUUUUUUUUUUUGAGUGUAGCUCUAUUAUUUAUACUUUCUUUAUGUGGAAAAACAACACCUAAUUAGUCCAAUAAACUGUUGUCUAUAUUUGGAUCUGCAGCAGCAAUCACACUGUUCCUUUGGGCCAAACAUGUUCUCAUUCCACUCCGUUUCUGUCGGCUCACAUUUGACCAUGUUGGCAGUGAUUUUCUUUGAUUUUUUAGCACUUUUUUUACACAGGCAAAAAAAAAAAGGGAAAAGCGACUCAGCUGCAGCUGUGAGGGUCUUGGCUUUCUUUCACAAAGACACAAUACAAACUGAAGUGGUAAAAAAAAAAUGCAUGAUAGUUUACAUUUAUAGAAAAAAAAAGAAUAAUUUUGUUGUUACUAAUGCUCAUUUUUGUUUUGUUUUUGUACUUGAAUUAAUUCUUACCCACGAGGUGUUCUCUUGUUGACGUGCUUCCUGAGAUUUCCCACUUCUUUCGAGGGAAUUAUUGUCAAAUGUUUUUUUAAAUUUUGUUUUAAUUAAUUAUUUAUUCUUAAUAUUUGUGCACAAGUCAGUUUUGUACUCGAACAAUGACAAACAUUGACAAAUUCAUGAAAUGUGUUGCUUCAUUCAGGGUUCUUUCUAGUAUUGUGCUCCUGCUUUGUAGACCUUGAUGACAUUUACUGUAAUAUCAUUUUUUAAUUUGGCUUUAAUUUUUUUUUGUAUCUGUUAGUUUCCAACCUCUCAGGUAAGGGAAUAAUUAUCGACAACAAACACAUGUAUAAACGUGAGUCACUCGGAGUCCCCAGGCGUGUUCCAGCUGCAGAAGUCUUGUCUAAACCAAAUAAAGUCAGCACAGUUGAUCCUU